AUGUUGAACCCCAAAGCAUCGCCGGCCGCCAACGAAUUCCGAAGCGACACCUUUACCACUCCAACACCAUCCAUGUUGGCAGCUAUGACGACCGCAUCGUUCGGAGAUGACGUGUACCAAGAAGAUCCCACCACCAUCAAAUUUCAAAAAGAAAUCGCACGAUUGACGGGAAUGGAAGACGCCCUGUUCAUGCUCUCUGGAACCAUGGGCAACCAGAUCGGAGUCCGCGUUCACCUCAACCAACCUCCACACUCGGUGCUGUGCGACUACCGCGCGCACGUCUACGCCGAGGAAGGGUCUGGGUUGGCGGUCUUAUCUCAAGCCAUGGUGACGCCCGUACAUCCAGCCAAUGGUCUAUUCUUGACUUUGGACGAUGUUAAGAAGUGGACCGUUCUGGGAGAUGAUAUUCAUACGGCGCCGACGAAAGUGAUCAGCCUCGAGGUGACCAUAGGUGGAGUGGUAACUCCUAUUGAAGAGAUCAAGAGGAUCUCAGAGUUUGCGCAUGCCCACGAUAUCAAGGUUCAUUGUGACGGGGCUCGCCUGUGGAAUGCAUCAGCAGCUACUGGUCACUCUUUGGCUGAUUACUGUCAGCAUUUUGACACUGUGUCCAUGUGUGUUUCCAAGGGUCUCGGGGCACCAAUUGGUGGAGUUCUUGCUAGCACCGAGCACAAUAUCAAGCGGGCUAGGUGGCUGAGAAAGCAGAUGGGGGGCGGCAUUCGACAGGCGGGUGUUUUGACGGCUCCAGCCUUGGUUGCUCUAGAGGAGGUCUGGCCUACAAUGCAAGAGACGCAUGAAAAGACGAAGAAACUGGAGAAAGAUCUGGAGGCGUUGGGUGUUGUGCCUCAAAUCCCGGUUGAUACGAAUUUCUUUUUCAUCGACGCGAAGAGGUCAACCGUGGAUAUGGGGAUUCUGCUGGAGCAAUGUGAAAACUUCAAUGUAAAGCUUAUGGAUGAGCGGAUUGCUUUGCAUCAUCAGAUCAGCGACGAGGCAAUUGAGAAUCUCAAAGCUGCCAUUGCUGAAACUGUGAGGUUAACCAAAGCUUUACCCCCAGACCAUAUCCCCAAGGUUCCGUCGGGUGGAUAUGGGAGUACCUCGAAGAUGAAUGAAUAUAGUUAG